AUGUUCCAGGCGGCCGAGAAUCACGCUUACUGCGUGCAGUGCUUCGCCCAGAAGUACAACCCUAAGUGUGCCGGCUGCAAGACGACCUUGGUGGACACUUGCCUGAUCGCGCUCGACCACCACUGGCACCCGUCGUGCUUCACCUGCACGUCGUGCAGCCGCCCUCUGCCCAAUGGAGAGUACUACUUGGUUGACGACAAGCCCUACGACCUCGACUGCCACUGGGCCAAACGGCUUGAGAAGCGUGAGCACCAGGAGCGUGAUGGUGUCGUCCCGAACGGGCCGAACUGCCGCCAGAAGCCCUAU